UUGCGUUUCCUUUAGGACGUAUGGUGUCUGGGUAGAUUGGUCACCUCUCCUGGAUAUGGCAGAUUUCUAUGGAUUGAAGAUCCUGCUGCUGUUGGCUGGGCUCAUUGAAUUGGCCAUAUGUCAGAAAGCUCAAUCAUCAGGCAACUUCAACACAACAACACCAAAGUGUUCCUACAAGGUUAUUGCAACUAAAUACGGCCUUCGUAUCAGUAUCAGCAACUUACCCCCAACCACCGUCACUAUAUCCUACAAGGAGCAAAAUGAUGGAAAGAUUCAGAAUAUGACUUUUAAUCAUUCACAAAAUUCCACAAUUCAUAACGUGACGUCAUUGAAACCGUGCACAAUCUACACAGUCACAAUUAGAGAACACGAUUGUGAUAUUCAAGGAAGCAACAAUCUGACAACUUGGAAAAUCGAACAAGAUGACAUUACGACAAAUACAAAAAUUAUGCGUGGUGAAAUAUGCUAUUCAAGUCUCUGGGAUAUCAGUGAAGCAAUUCAGGAUCCUAAGUUCACUAAAGACACAUCCAGGAACCUGUGUUUUAAGUUUGAACCGAAUGACUAUUGCUCAAACGUCAAUACAACAUUUGAGCAAAAAACUUGUGAUAACCCCAAUUCCACCUUUACCAUAAUAACGUCCAUCCCAGUUGAACUUUUCAUGGAUGAGAAAAAAGUUGAUUUGACACACCCACAAGUUCUCCCUGCAAUAUUAAAGUGGACUAAUAAGCCAGUACAUUGUUUGAGCAAACUCACCUUUAAUUACACCUGUCGGGGGGACAACAAAAAUGAGUUUUUCUCUGCAAUGAUAAAAGACAACGAUACUGUUUUGCCUGAGAUGGAACCCUUUACAGCAUACAAUUGUACCAGCCGUAUUUAUGGCAGCAAUAAAAGCUUUGAAAAGACCGCUAAUUUAAAAAUUGACUGUGAUUUGAAUGUUCUUGACCUUCAGAACAUCUCAUGGUCAAAUGAAUCUAUCAGCCUGAAUUGGUCCCCUGAAGUCAAGAAAUGUCCAAACACAGUGCUUUCGAACAUCGCAUAUGAAUGUUGUUGUACAAAUAAAAUGGGUUGGAAUAAAUGCAACAACAUUGUGAAAAAGCAAUGUAACAUCCAUAACCUGGAAGCAUUCACAGACUAUAACUGCUUUGUAAAGCCAGUAAAGUACAAGGACAAACCUAUCAACAACAAUGGAAAACAGAUAACAGUAAAAACUGCUAUCGGAGGUAGGUACAUCAUACAAACAUCAUACUCUGACGUAGACAGAUGAUCAACUACAGUUGUGUUCAAAAGUAUUUGGACAGUGAAUUAUUUCUAGUUGUUUCGGCAUUGUACAAGAGCUCUUUGAUUUCAAAAAGACACUAUCAGGUUAUGGUUUGGAGUACAUGUUGUUCUAAUAAAGUUAAUGUUUCUUGUUGAACACUUUUACAUCAAU